AAAACAAAGAUAAGUAAACAAAACACAAGAUGUAGUAGGGACCACUACUAAGCAUCUAAAAAAUAUUAAAACUAUUCAUGUGGACCCUACAAUUGCCAAUAAAUAAGCCUCUUCUCAUAGUCCAAAAUCUCCAAGUCCAAACACUCCCAAAAAAAAAAAUCAAAAAAUAGUUUUCUUGUAAUUUCAAACUUUCUUCCUCGAUCAAAGAAAUAACCUCAUAGUGUCGACAUUAUGGUGUGCCAAGAAGAACCAUUGGUGAACCAAAUUAAUGAAUUGUAUGAGAAAAUCUCAAGCCUUGAAAGUCUGAAACCUUCAGAAGAUGUCAACAUGUUGUUCACACAACUUGUAUUAACAUGCAUGCCUCCUAAUCCUAUUGAUGUCACAAAAUUAUGCCAUCAAAUCCAAGAAAUGAGGUCGAAUUUAAUUAGACUUUGUGGUGAGGCUGAGGGACUUCUUGAAAAACAUUUCUCUAAUAUAUUAGCGUCGUACGAUGUCCCGUUACAACACCUCGAUAUAUUCCCUUAUUUUAACAACUACGUUAAGCUUAGCUUGUUAGAGUACAACAUCUUGACACAAAACUCUAUCCAUGUACCAAAAAGGGUUGCCUUUGUGGGGUCCGGCCCGCUACCCCUCACAUCGAUCGUGCUCGCCCUUAACCACCUCCCCGACACCCGGUUCGACAACUACGAUAUCGAUGCGUCCGCCAACGAGAUGGCGGCCCGGUUGGUGGAACCCGACCCGGACUUGUCGGGUCGGAUGAAAUUCCACACUAAGGAUGUUAUGAGUUUGGGAAAAGAGGAACUUGAAGAGUAUGAUGUUGUGUUCUUAGCUGCCCUUGUUGGGAUGAACAAGGAGGAGAAGGUCAAGGUCAUCCAUCACUUAGCCAAACACAUGGCACCCGGGUCAACCCUAAUGGUUCGAAGCGCCCACGGGGCUCGAGCCUUCUUGUACCCGGUUGUCGAACCCGAAGACCUUUGUGGGUUCGAGGUGCUAUCAGUUUUUCACCCAACGGACGAGGUGAUCAACUCGGUCGUGAUCGCGAGGAAGGCCGAUGAUGAUCGGUCUUCCCCGGUGUAUUCAUUGGAGUGGGAGCAAAAUCACACACAUAACUUCUCUCCAAUAAGGUUACAAAGCUGCAAGUGUUUGGAGAUUCAACCAUUUAACCCUUUGAAUCAUGGCAAUAUUGUAGGAGAACUAGCCUCUAGUGCUCAUCAAUAAUAAGCCAAGCUAAAUAAAAGUGUAACACAUACGUACACUUCCUACUCUUGAUCUUGAAUUGCCAUUUUUGUUGUUCUAUCUAAUUAAUCUUCCUUUAUCACGUACCAUCUCAUUUGUUCAUCCCAACCUCACCCAACCCGACCCGACCCAACCCGACCCAUCCCAUUGUUGAUCUCUAUCCAUGGAUCAUCUCAUUUUCAUGGAAGGGAGUAUGUAACAUGUCCUACACAUAAAAUGUGGUCCAACCCUAGUGUUUUAAUUUGUCAUUGAUCAUCAUAUUUGGUUUCACUAAGUUUCAUUAAUCAUCCAACUUGCAAAAUGAAGCCAAAUUUGAUUUUCUUAAAUCCCGUGUUUUUUUAAUCAUUAAAAGGUAAGGUUGCGUACAUCUGGCUGCAACAUGAUCAAAGGGGGUCCGGUUAUAGUUAUUGUUGUGUUUUCAAAGUUUAAAAAAAUAAUAAUAAUGAUGUCCAAAUUUCCUUGGCACAUCUAUCAAGGUUGAUUUUAAUUGGGGUAGAAGCCCUUGUAAUUUGAUCUUGAUCAAGGUUACAUGAUUGGGUGUUUAUUUUAGUUGUUAUUCUUGGGAAGAGGUGCAAAGUUAGUUGGUCUAGUUGGAUGUUGAAUCUAAUUCUCAAUAAUUGGGAUGAAUGAUGUGACAAGCAGAGGAAAGAAGCCACAACAUGCAAUGGAAGCUAAUUAAGGUGAAUUUUCGUCAAUGAUAUAAUUCCUGGAUUUUAUAGGAAUUGUUUAAAAAUAAUUUUCAAGUCAUAUUCAAAGUAGAUAUUUGAAAUUAUAAAUUGUGUGGACUAUACAGAUUACUGUAAGUCAUUGCUGCAACUAGUUGUAUUUUUCAUUAGAAUAAGCAGCUCUAAUUAAUUUAAUCAUGUCAAACAAUGUUAUACUUAUAUAUGUAUAUGUAUGAUGUAUUAUUAUUGUAUGUGAUUUAUCAAAUUGGGUUUAGUGAUCAAA